AGCAGGGUUUGGCCGUGUGCUAAGAAAGUGAAAGAGAAUCCAGACGUGAUUUGCGUUUGCCUGGUGGUUUUCGUCUGCGGUGGCGAAUGAAUGGGCCCUCGGCAAAUAUGUGACGCGUGAAGGACGAGCUUGGAAGGGACAAUCACUAUCAGUGGAGGCAAUCCGACGUCACGUCCGGGAUAUUUCUGUGGUAACGCGAAUCCGAUUUCAUGCUUUUCCUGGUCGACUCAGUUUUGAAGCACUAAGCUAUGGGACCAGCAAAUAUGGUGCUGAGAAGCAAGCGAGCUUGUCGACAUUCCGUCGACCCAACGUUGUCCUCGGAAACGAGUAUCAACUUCAACGAGCUAGUCGAUUGGGAGAGGCGCUGCCCUGCUGGAAAAUGCCCCCGUCGGAUAUAUUUUUGGAAUCCAAAGCAAGACCCUACUGAGAAUGUUGAGCUUCUAAAACCAGGUGGUACGGUUAUUCCUCAGUCUGUCACAGGAAGCCUUGCACUUGUCUUCGGUCGCAUGCGGGAAUCUAAACGAAGAGCUAUCGAUCCAUCUCCGCUAGUGGAAAGUUUGACCCUGGACAGGAAUUUGGAACAAGAUGUUCAAGAAUUCACCUCCCUCCUGCUAGUUCGGCUGGAGUACGAUUUAGCCCACCAAUCAAACCCUCUGAUAAAAACUCUGUGUCAAGAUCUAUUUCAGGGAAAGACGCAGCACAUCAUAGAGUGCUUGAACUGCCAUGGCAAAUUUAAAGGCCCUGUGGAGAACUUCUAUACUUUGAUUUUGAAUCCGGUAGUCACGGGCAAAGUCAAAGGCCCGAAGGAGCCGAAGUCUCUGAUGGAGUGCAUAGUGGAAUAUUUAAUGGAAGAAUCUCUGCAAGGAGAAAAUCAGUAUUACUGCAGUGUGUGCAAAUCGAAACAAAAUGCUACGCGGAAGACAAAUUUCAUCGAACUUCCGCAGUACGUUUGUUUUCAAGUGAUCCGAUUCAAGUAUGAUGGAGCGUCGGGGACUAAUCUGAAGAUUUCGGACUCGAUUAAAUUCGAAGCGAAUUUUGAUUUCGGCCUUUUCUUCAAUAGUCCCGGAGAAUAUCAGUAUCAUUUGUUCGCUGGAUUUUCUCAUCUGGGUGCUAGUGCGGAAUCUGGUCACUUUGUUGCCAACAUCCUUGAUACGGGAGGAACUAGCUGGAUUCGUUGCAAUGACGAUUCUGUGUCCAUCAGCGAGAUUCCUGAACUGAACCCAGAUUCUUUGAGGGAUAAACCGCAGCGGGGUCGCACGCGUAAGCCUACGUAUGUUUCCAGCACGACUUAUUUUAUCGUUUAUGCUCGAAAUCGGGCUAAUCCAGAGUCAAUAGAUCCGGAACCUUCUCUCCCUGAUUGGCUGACAAACUUGUUGCAAACGGAUCCGGAAGUUCGCCGAGUCUCGUCUGUUACCGCAAGCUCACCGGAGGAAGAGUUGAUGAACAAGCAGCAACUGAUAGCAGGCAUGUUUGAUUUAGCCAAACCGGGAUCUGAUGUACCAGUUGGUCUCGAUGACUGGUAUUUGAUACCUUCGGAAUACAUCAAAGAUUGGAUUUCCGGUUCUAUGCCGACAUUGUGGGGAAAAGCGGAACCCGUAACUUUCUGUAAGCACAAUCGAGUUUCCCCGCUGAGCUUGCGCAAGUACAAGUGCGUUCCGGCCGAAGUUUUUCGUUACCGUGACAUUUGUCGGAUCUGUGUUACUCGGAAAGCAAAAUUGGAAGUGUCAACGCGUGAGCUUGCAGAAGACAUAGAAACGUUUGAAGAAAUUCUCAAGGUUGGAACUCCCAGAUCGAGAGGUCCGUACGUGUGGGUUGGUAAAGAGUCAUUGAUGAGAUGGUCAAAGCUGGCUAACUACGUCAUUUUGAACGAAUCUAACGAUCGUGACGCGGUUGUUCAGAGGGAUGAAAUCGAGCAAGUUGAACAUUUGGCUAGUUAUGCGGAACUCGGAACGAACGACAAGGAAAUUCCCGCGAAAAAGUCUAAGGUUAUCUUGGAUCCAUCUGCGUUCUUCAACGAAGAGAUCCUCUGUCCUCACGGGAACUUGGGCGAUGAAACUUCUGAAUGGACCUUGGUACCCCCCGACGCAUGGAAUAUAUUGCAGAAGUACUUUCCGAAUGCCCCGAGAUUUGAGAAGAUAGAUCGCCGGUGUGUUGAGUGUGAGAAAGAGGAUCUCCUUUUGGCUGAAAAAGCAGAAAAUUUGAAAUCGGUUGUUGCCGAGUUGAAGGCAUUGCUACCUUGGGUCAAAUCAACGAAGUCGAGAUUUCAAAUUAUGGGCGAUGAUAAUCAUGUGGUAUUCGUACCCAGGGAUUUUGUCAAGCAACUCGAAGCUUUCAUGAAAGCUCCACAUCUUUCUGACGAACCUCGAGAAAUGGAUUGUAGCGAGUACAUAUGUGCCCAUAGUUUGUUGAAUAUCGAUCCUCGCCAAAGGAUCAUGUCGAUGCAAAAUGGAUUUCUUCCUGUUACUGCAGAAAGCUUUGAGGUUGUGGAGGAACGAUACCAGUGCCUUUUUAUUCUAAGGGGCUAUUUGGGUGAUGCAAAGUCGAAACGGACAUGGAGUCACGUUGAGCUGGAUCCAGACGUUUGUGAGAUGUGUUACGAAAAGCGGUUGGAGCAAGAGAAAAAUCAAUCACUGAUUUAUAGCACAAAACCAAUCUUCGUUCAAAAAGUGGGCAUCAGAAAAGCAAUUCUCACGGCAAUCGACAGGGUAACAGAUUUGACCGGGAUCAUAUCGCGGGAAAAAUUGGAGGUUUCGGAAAAUGAGCUUAAGGAAAUCGAGAAAAGGAUCGGUUUGGAUGCACAUUUUAACGAAGUGAGGCGCAUCACACGUCCGAAAAAUUCCGCCGAAGAGAGUCGUUUCGUAGUUUCGUCUACGGACACCCUCAAAUCUUUGAAGCAUUUAAUUGCCAAAAGGUUUACAAUUCCUCUCAGUGACCAGCGGUUGUUCUUCAAUAGCCGUGUGCUUCUUGGAGAUGAAAAAACCUUGAGCGAAUUUGAAAUAUUACCUUUUUGCCACUUGAAAGUAGUCCUUCGCGUAACUUACGAAGAACUGAAGUCGGACGGGACUGUGAGCUAUGCGCGAGUUAUUCUUCUCGAAAAUUUUGUGCUUGUAUCCAUAGCAGUGUGUAUGCUCGAAGUUUCGGAAAACGAGAUCAUUUAUUCUUUCCAGCAUGUUAGUAUUUCAAAAAUGCUGAGCGAUGUGUCGAAACUGCAUUUGUCUGCGAACACGGGUCUUCUGGCGCAGCCAGAUGAUCCGAGUUCGCGUUCUCCGAGACACGGACCUAAUAUUAAUGGUUCAUUGAGUAUCCAUGGAAUGCAUCUUGCUGCUGUGAGUGGAGAUAAAGUGAAGAUGAUGAGCUACCUAGCAGUGGGACCACAAUUCCUUGAGAUCCGUGAUCGCUUGGGGCGCACGCCGCUGAUGUAUGCAGUAUUCGGCGAUAAAGAGAUUGCGGUUGAGUUCUUACUGAAAGCCGGCGCUCGAAUUGAAUCGCAUGACAUGUUUGGCAGGACGGCUUUGCAUUAUAUUGCGCACAAAGAUAGAAUUCAGUCGAUGAAGGCUAUCAUCUGUAAACUUGGCUUGUCCAAAGCUUUGGUUGAUUCACUUUUGUGGCAAGAUGGAGAGAUGUGCACCCCCAUCCAUCUUGCAACGAAGCAUUUGGAUUGUAAAUUACUCGGUAUAUUCCUAAAAAAAACCCUAUCGGAAGGAGUGCACAUUGAUGUUCAGGAUCAAGCGAAGAGAACUCCGCUGCAUUGGGCUUGCUUACAUGCGAAUGCGAAAGCCGUUGGAAUGCUACUUGCAAAUGGCGCAAAUGGAGGAAUAUCUGAUGUUGAAGGAAGAACCCCGUUACAUUGGGCUGCCGAGUUCAAUGCGAGAGGAACUUUUCAAUUUCGAGGAAAAGAUGCCGGGAAAUGCAUUUCACUUAUCCUCGAGAAGUCUCCAACGCUGAUAAACAGGCAGGAUUUUUCUGGCCAGACGUGUCUUCACGUCGCAGCAAUGAACGCGAAUCCAGAUAUCAUCUCGUCAUUGUUAAACAAGUAUAAAUCUUCUGUAGCAAAUAAGCGUCGAGCCGUAUUACCCGCGGUGAACCUUACCGAUCACAGUCACCGCACUCCGUUGCAUUGGGCAUCUGCUCUUGGUCAUGUUUUUGCUGUCCAACUCCUUCUUAACCACGGAGCUGAUUUGUGCGCAACUGAUGUCGGAGGUGCCUGUCCUUCGCACUAUGCAGCUCUGAAUGGUCAACUGGAUGUUUUGAAGUGUUUGCUUUGCGACCCGAGAGUUAUUGAAUCAGUGGAUCAAGAUGGCAACACCGCCUUCCACUGGGCGACAGCUGCUGAACAUCACGGUGGAAGCUCUCAAAUAAGCGCGGUCCUUGCUUUUCUGAUCCAAGUCGGCUCAAAUAUUAAGGCGAUCAAUAAGUUCGGACUUACGGGGAUCGACAUCAAUGCGAAAGACAACGUUGGUCAAACAGCUGCUCAUCUCUUGGCUCUCGGUGGUUUUUGUGAUCCUAUUGCGUAUUUGAUCACCCGCGCGGACUUCCAGAUGAAUAUUCAAGACGAUUUUGGACUCACGCCGUUGCAUUGCGCGGCAGGAAAAGGACAUGUUAGCGCUGUUGAAUUACUCGCGAAUGCUGGAGUGAAUCUCGAUUUACUGUCGUGGCUUCCUGAUCGCCCGACCGCCUUGGAUCUUUCUAUCUGGAAUGAUCAGCCUGCUGUCGCAGAAUUUUUGAAAGCCAAGAAUGCAUCUUCUGCAGCUCCGAUAUUGCAUGCCAAAGCGAAAACCUUACAGUCGUGGUAUCGGCGUAGUAUCAGAGAUCGCAAGAUUGUUCCGGUAAAAAUAUGCAAUAGGAAAACAUCCGGGCCUGGAGAUUCUGGCAUGACAGAGGUUCUCACGCCCGAAAACGCACGAAAGCCGAAGUCGGAUGCCGCAAGCUCCAUGUUCUUGGAAGGAGCGGAAAACGGCUUGUUCUCGGACUUGCAAUGCCCGGAACGAUUCGAUUCCAUGAGAUUUGCGCCGAGAGCAAGUAUUGGAAAGUCGUCGGAAGAAAUUUUGACGUUCGGAAGUCGAUCAUGUCCGAGGAAGAACUUGAAUCGGGGCCCUGGAGCUGAAUCUGGUUCUGGUGAUGACCCUGUGUGGAAUUCUAGUUUGCGGAACACGCAUUUGUCCUGGGGUAUGCAAACAGAGACAGACGCAUUGGAAUGGAACGUGCCCUGCAUUUCAGGAUGCAGCAGUACGCAGGGUGCGUGGCACUGUAUCUCCACUCUGACUUUAAGCUGCGCGAGAGCGACGGUUUUCAACUUGCCGUGUGAUCAAGAUGAGGAUGAUUUUUAUGGAAUGGACAAUGCGGUUUGUCAGUCUGACGAAGAAACUGGGGAAAGCUUUGAAGACGCGUCUAAAAGCCAUGAUUUCCCGAGUUGUGACGUUGGAAAAUCCGAAGUUACUUUGAGAGUGGACGAGAGCCAUGUCGUCGCACCUGAUGAUGACAAUCGACCUUCGGUCUUCACACGCGACGAAGACUGUAGAAUUUCUUACUCGUUCGUCGCAUUCGUGCUACGCGUUGGGCGUAACGAUUGUGAAAGCUUGUGGUGGAAUGAUCCGUUAGGACACGAAGCCGUGAUCGUGAACUCGGCCAUAUUGCCGAGUAAUACUUCCUUCAGUUGUGACUCCUUCUCGUGCUUCGAUGUCAAUCGGUGCGGUCGCCAUCCCGAGGAUGACGACCGACUCACAGUAUACGUUUACCCGUACCGGGAUUAUCGAAUGGAUGAUGGUUCUCCGGUUACGGAAGGACUCACUGCCGAGUUUUGGGAAGUUCUUCUGGCAAUAAAAAGAAGUCCUUACUACGUCAGUGAUCCAGAGGAGGCCUGCGUCUUCGUGCCAUCAAUAGAUGCGUUCAAUCAACUGCGGAUUCGACCUCGGGAAACUGGUCAAGUUUUGGCGACGUUACCAUUCUGGAAUGGCGGAAGGAAUCACUUGAUCUUCAGUAUGGUCCUGAAUGCCGUUCCCCGUUAUCAUGAUAUAACCAGUCUGCCGUCUGGUAUGGCCAUGCUUGCUGCCGCCGGGUUUCCAACGCGUGCAUAUCGCAAUAAAUUCGACGUGUCAUUACCCUCUUUCUGGGGCCAGUCGAGUACCCUCCAUUUAACCAAUGAAAGCUGGGAUGAAGGCGCGAAGCAUUGGCUCGUAAUGUUUCCCGGAAAUUCUGUUCCCGAAAGAGCGCAGAAGAUUCUCGAGAAGUUUAGUACAGCGAAUGAUGAUUUCCUAAUGCUGCGGACAUGUGAGAACUCCGAAGAAUACCCUCAACGACGUUGUCACAACGGAAUUGCUGUACUUUAUCCCUAUGUGUUGAAGAGAACGAAGGUUGGACCAGUCAUUUACGCCAAUUCGCCCCUGAAGAACGACGGGUUUACAGCUGUGAUACUUACGUACGAUAGAGUCGAGUCCUUGUUCGCUCUUAUCGAACGUGUUGCGGAAGCUCCAUCUGUUUCUUUGGUUUUAAUUGUGUGGAAUAACGAAAACAAGCCGCCCCCGAAAGCGUCUUUAUGGCCGAGUAUAAGCAAGCCCCUGAAGGUCAUCCAGUCACGUGCGAAUAAAUUGAGCAGUCGAUUUUUUCCCUAUCGUGAGAUUUCCACGGAAGCUGUUCUUGCGCUUGACGAUGAUAUUUUGAUGCUAACCAUCGACGAGCUGGAAUUCGGAUACCAGCAUUGGAAUCACGUAUACACGUACGAUUUCCCUUCGGAUCUGCGUGAAUGGGUGGAUUUAAAUUUCAACUGUGAAGAUAUUGCCAUGAAUUUCAUAGUGGCUAACUGCACUGGAAAGUCUCCAAUAAAAGUUGCUCCAAGAAAAAAAUUCAAGUGUCCGCAUUGCAUCAACGCUGAAAUUUCUGCAGAUGCGCGUCACAUGUUGGAAAGAUCUGAUUGCGUUAACCGAUUUGCGGAGCGGUUCGGUUACUUGCCUUUGCGCACGGUCGAAUUCCGAGCUGAUCCCGUGCUGUACAAAGAUCAUUUUCCGGAUAAGUUGAAGCUCUACAAAGACAUAGAAAGCCUAUGAGUGUUUUUGAAUCUUAUCUGACGUACUUCCCGAGGAGAGCAUACAGAAAGUACUCCAGAAAGUGCUCGCUGUUUAGUUCAACCGUUUUUUCAAUUGGUGAAAAACUACGUUGUCGUUCAAUCACGAGUCAUUUAAUGUACUUUCCGUCCAUAGCGUGCGAUCAUUCGGAUUAGAGUUGAUUACACAUCGAAAGUGUAACCGAGUUAGUUUUACUAUUCCCCAAUUCUUGCAGUGAUGCUCCGAACUGAGCAUAUCAGUCGCAAACUCUUUCACUAACGCAAUGGAUCAUUCGAUUUAGUCGUUAUGUAUCCACUCAUAUCAGUGUUGUUCAGACUUAUAAUUGUCUACGUUAAUUCGAGGGUAUUGCUGUGAAUUCAUUGAGAUUGUCCCUGUACACCCACGUUGUUGUACUGCGAGCCAUGUCGAAUUCGUACGGAUCAUUCUGUGAUACGCCAUUGUUCAAAGCCUGAGAGGAAAAAAAUGUACUUGAAGUCUUCGAGCA